CCCAAACGUCGCUAUCGUGCCCAUCCGCGACUGUCGGAGACCCUGAUCGGCGAUCGUUUUUUUUCCGUGAUUUUGUCUCGAUCGCGGUUCAUCGCGCACAUCGAUCUUCCCCAAUGUUCGCACAGCCAAAAAAAGUUGGGUUAAUGUUGCCACCUUGGAUCGUGGAAAUCGCUCUCGCUCGCCUGCGCCUGCGAAAAACGUGUCGCGAUUAUGAGGAGAUCGCGUAUUGUCUCGCGACAAGCUUUCCUCGAGACGUAUCCCAUCGUUCGUCGCGAGAAUCUUCGUGGAUCUUCCUAAGCCGCGCAUAAUUGACGAGCUCCGCGCGCUGCUGUACUUUGUGUCACUCUACAGAACUUUCUUUGCUCUCUGAAAUCCUGUCGCUCUUAUCUGUUUUUUCUAUCAAAGUUUUGCGAUCGCCGAUCGCAAUAUCCCGUCGAGCAACAGGUACGGGUUGAUCGGUACGCCUUGAUUACGCGAGAUCGCUACAGCUGUUUCUUUAUGUCAUCCUGCAUCGCGUGUACUUGGAUGUAACAGAUGACAAAGUUUUCCUCCGCGAUGGACGACGAAUCUUCUUUAUCCACCUUCGAUCCAUCGAAGAAAAUCGCAUUACUCCGAUCUUAUUUUCCGCGUGUUCUGUUAGAAUCAAUCUGGCCCUACAAAGAUUUAUAUAAAUUCGUGAUAUCGGAUAUUCGGUGAAAAAAAAAACAUCUUGAAGUCUUAUGUUAUGCAACAGAACCUUGCAUAUUCGAUAUUUUUAAAAUAGUACAUCAUGACGGAUUCCAUGAAAUUUGGUCCAGAAUGGUUGCGCUCUGGUGGUAGUAGUGGAGGUGGUGGAGGAACCACAUCAUUGAGUACACCUCGGUAUCAAUUGGCAGAGCAUAGAUAUGGUCGGGAGGAGAUGUUGGCCCUUUUUGAUCGCAAUAAUAAACCUCCAGAGCUGUUGACAACUUUUGCAGCGCUGUAUGUAGAGAAGACUCAACUUCCAUUGGCUCUUGUACAGAUGACAGAGGAUGAAACGCGUAUGUGGAAUGGAGGGAUAACUAAUAUUGGUAACCGUGGGAGAGGCAGCAGCGUGGAUCGUGGACGUGGUAGGAUUGGAAGAGGAGGCUUAUACUCGUCUCAUUAUUCACGCGGGGUUGGUUUCGGGGACGAUUCUGGUGAUGGGAUACGAAUCGAGGGCCAAUCAUUCCAGGGAAGAAAUAGGCCAUUCGAUAGGUCCCAAAGCGAACGCGGUUGGCCAGAGAGAAACGGUGCUUCAGAUCCGGGAGAAUGGAACGGCUCGACUAGUCCGAGAAAAGAGCUAAGUCGUGGGACUAGCGGUAGCUCGCUUAUGGAAAGUAAUUGGAGACGUCAUCGCGGAGGGGGUGAGGACGAUGACGGUUGGCGCAAGUGGGGAAGAAGUAGUUGGCGCGAGGGUGGCAGUAUAGAUCGGGAUAGGCUGGAUCGAAAUGACGGUGAUGGGGAAGAGAGCAGAGGUAGUGGACCGGGAAGAUGGGAACAUCGGGGAAACCACAGACCCUCCCACGACUCGGGUCAUCAUCCACCACCUCGUACCGCUCGCGCUUGGGAAUCGAAUCAUCAUGAUAAUCACGACAAUCUACCCGAGUGGGCAACGGAAAAUCCGAGCGAAAGCGGCGGCAGUUUCGAUGCUUCCGGCGCGUUCCAUGGUGGAAUGUAUUCGGACGAUGAUGAAGACGGUGUGGCGGGUGCUUCCCAACAAGGCAGAACUCGACGCGUCUCGGAAGGCAGUGCUUCUAACAUAGUGAAAUCUAAUAACAAGACAUUGACUCUCGGAACGGGUUCUGUCCAAUCGUUGAAUCGCCAUACGCAUAAUACAGUCGGUACCACAUUAAGUAAGGAACGAUCGAAACCAUUGGAUUCAGUCGAGGAUAAGGAUAAUUCUACAGAGAAAGAGAAGAGAUGUAACUCGCCUUCCGCCAAACCUUCGGUUGCACCGACGACCGAGAGCAUUCCCGCGAAGAUCUUAACGACAUCUUCGGAUCUUUUGCAGAAGAAAACUGUCAUCGGAUCCGCGAAUGUGAAUAAAGUCGAGACCAGCGAGAAACCUGGCGAACCUCCGAGUGGAGUUCAUGAUAAAGAGAAGACGCAGACGCAGGAAGUUAAAAAAGAGCCACAAAUAACUGCUACCGCGACCAAUCGACAGGUUCAGACAAUUUUGGAGCAGUCGAAGCUCGUGCAUAAUCCGGGAACUGCUAGCAUCAGGCAGAGACCGGAGGAUGACUUUGAUAGAAUGAAAAAAGAGGCCGAUGCAUUGGUAGCCAAAUUAAUGGCGGAUGAGGAGAGCCACAAAGAAAAGACGAUCGCUACCGGUGUUCCGUCGGCAAUCGGCAGUAAUCAACCUUCUGCGGUUUCCGCCACGGGUAAUCAGGAAAAAUGGUUUUACCGUGAUCCGCAGGGUGAAGUUCAGGGACCGUUUUUAGCUAGCGAAAUGGCCGAGUGGUGCAAAGCCGGUUACUUCACUACGGGAUUGUUGGUGAGAAGAACCUGUGAUGAAAGGUACACCACACUUGGUGAUUUGAUUAAAUUGUGCGGAAGAGUACCUUUCACGCCUGGUCCACCAAUACCCCCUUUGAAGUUGUCGGAACAAGUGAUCCCCCCUGUUCCUACUACUAUACCAGCGGGGCUGGGCGCCGGUGCUAUACCGAAAACAGGAAUAGAAGAUCCGUUAUUGUUGAUGACGUAUCAGCAAAUGCAGAUGAUGCACAAUCAGCAAAUGCUGCUCAGGCAGAUGAGAACAUCGGCGAUAGCGAAGUUGUCUCAAUCGGAGCAUUGGACGACGCUGAGUCCAGUGGAACAGAAUCAAUUGAUUCUACAAUACGUUAUACAGGACGGAAUGCAAGAGAUCCCGGAAGUUCCGAUAACAACGAACCCGUUUGUGCCUCAUCUUGCGUCUCAAACGGCUAAUCCUGUCAUGCAACUUUUCACUCAGAUGCAGCAGGCAAAGACGCAACCCGAAACACAUCUAGCGACAAAUCCGCAUGCAACCGCAUCGCCCCAUCCAGCUGCAGUAGAUCCACUACAACAACUGAUCCAACAGAUGGGCGGUAUACAAAAUAUGCCUUCCAUGCAGCAACCAAAUAUCGCUCCGACUCCCGCGUCAACACAAGAGGACAAUCCGAUAAAAUCUCUGUUACGUCAACUCAACGUCAACACGAAUGGCCAUUCACAGGCGCCUCAUAUGGACACUGUCUGGCCACAACCUCCGCCGCAAAUAGCUCCCCAGUUUAAUGCGCAGAAUUGGUUAGCGCAGGUUGGGCCCAUUCCCGCAAUGCCGCCUGGACAAUUACCUGGUUCUCUAUGGGAUCUACAUGCUAAAGAUAUGAAAACCGAGCAGCAAAUAUUGGAAGAACAGAAUCUUAAGUUACAAGAAGACAGAAAAAAGGAAGAGUUAAAGAAACAAGAAGAAUUACAGCGUCAAGCAGAGGAGGAGAACGCGAAGAGGAAACAAAAGGAAGAGGAACAAGCUAGACAAGUCGAAGAGGCGAAGCGUAAAGAGGAGGAGAGAAAGAAAAAGGAAGAGGAGAAGAAACGAAAAGAGGAAGAGAAACGCAAGCAAGAGGAAGAGCAGAAGAAGAGAGAGGAGAAAAAACGUAAAGAAGAGGAGAAAAGGCGCGAGGAGAAGAGAAAGCAGGAAGAGGAGAAUUUGAAGAGAAAACAGGAAGAGGAGAGAAGAAAGCGAGAAGAGCUUAAAAAACAGGAAGAAAGACUGAAGAAAGAGGAAGAGAAAAGAAAGAGGUUGGUGGAGGAAGAGCAAAAGAAGGAAGAAGAAAGACUUAGGAAAGAAGCGGAAAUGCGACGGCAAAUGGAAGCGGAGGAACAACGUCGCUCGGAACAACGGCGAAGAGAAGCUGAGGCGCUGCGCAAGCUUCAAGAACGAAAUAAAGCUCCGUGGGCUCAGACUCCGCGUGCGAUGGCUCCUGCUGCUCACACUACCUCGCUCGCUGAGAUUCAAAGAUUCGAAAGAGAGAAGAAAGCGGAAGAGCAACGGCUUCAACAACUGAUGCAACAACAAUUGGCGCAGCAAAAGGCAAUAGAGGCGGCGCAGGAGGCAUCGGCAACCGAUUCGUCCAAACGAUUACAAUUUAAAUGGGCGGAAAAAGCUACUGCUUCCAAUAAACCGCUUCAAGUGAAAAGUCUCGCGCAAAUCCAGCAGGAGGAGCAAGAACGCAUCGCUAAGGUAAAGCAACAGGAAAGGGAACGGCAGGAAAAGGCCGGUCAAAAGGAAUCAGCGAGUAUGCUGCAGAAUGCCGGAAUAUGGGGUACGGCAUCGCAAUGCUUGAAUUGGGCCAAUUCGAGCUCGUCGAAUAGCCAAGCGUGGUCCAUUAAUACUGGUAAUAGUGGCUUCUGGGACGAUCCUGCACCCGUCAAGUCGUCCGCGACUGUGAAGCAAUCAGCUGUUAAACAAACUGCGACCGCAAAAUCCAGCACUCCUAAUCAGCAACAGCAGCAGCAACAACUACAACAAAAUAAUAACAAUAAGGCGUCCAAGAGCAAAAACAAGAGGGAGGAGGAAUUAGUGAAGAAACUAUUUGAACAGAACACUGCCAAAACCGAUGAGUUUACGCAAUGGUGUAAUAAAGCGUUGAGCGGUAUACAGGCAUCUGUGGACAUCCCUACAUUCGUUGGAUUCCUGCGGGACAUAGAAUCGGCUUAUGAGGUGAAAGAGUACGUCCGCGUUUAUCUUGGCGACACUAAGCAGAGCACAGAAUUUGCCAAGCAAUUCUUAGAGAAGCGAAGUAAAUGGCGAUCAGCGCAGCGUCCUCAGGCCCAAGCGGACGAUCUGUGCAAGCCAGCACCGGCCGUUAAUCCGAAUGCCUCUGCAGAAUUUCAAGAAGUUAAGGGAAAAUCCAAGAAACCAAAGAAGGGAAAGAUGUUCAAAGUGGACAACAGGAUCCUUGGCUUCAGCGUGACCGCGGCCCCUGAUCGUAUCAACGUAGGUGAUCGUGAUUACGGUGAAGGAGUCUGAGCUGUUUCGCCAAUUUACCUCGUGAAAAUGAUGCGACGCUCUCGAUUUACAUAUUGCGAACGAUUCGUUAUUUAUUUAUUGUAUAUGCCAAACUGGUGCUGCUAAGAAGAAUCCCGCCACGGGUAACUUCUUGAAGCAUACAAACAUUUUACGAUCCAAGGAGGAACUCGAUCGUCCUUCAAUCGUCGAUGACAGUCUUAGGACCGUGGCUGAGCGUGGCAUUAUUUUCUUAUUACAUUAAACGGAAAAAGCUCCAUUGUACAUAUUACUCAAAGAUGAAUAUUUCAGAAAGAAAGAGGACGGACUUACUUUUUCCUAUGUAUGUAUGCGCGACAAUUAAAGUUGGAAACUUUUAUAACAUUUCAUCAUCAUCACAUCAUCAUCAUUUAAAUCCCUAAACCAAGAUGAGAAAAGAAAACGGGAGAGAAAAGAUAUAACAAGCUCUAUGGCAGUCAAUAGCAAUAUGUGUAUGUAAAGGUGUUCGACAGGAGAAAGAAGUACUAUAUAUAUAUACAUAUACAAAUAUACACAGACACACACAUACACACACAUGUAUUAGAAUGUGCUCGUAUGUGAAAUCGCGAAAACCAUCGUCUCAAGUACUGAAUAUAUAUGCGGUGCGUCAGUAUUUGUCCUCACUGAAUCCUAUGGAUUUUUCGCUUUGUCGCAAAUAUAUUCGUGGAGAAGAAAAAAGAUUCGCGCGCUUUGUAUUAUUUAUACAAUAGAUUUUACGAAUGAUUUAAUCCAUGCAUCUCGAGCAUGGAAAACUAUCUUCCUUCACUUUUUUAAUAAUACUUUUUUCGCUGUCAUAAUAUAUCGCAAUCAUAAUAACGAUACUCUAAGCAGAAUUUCAUUACACACAACGGUAGUUGCAUACGCAGAUAUUAAUAAUAGAACGGAGAUUCGCGUUACUCUUUGCAACAACGAAUGAGCAGCGAAGGAGAAAGAAAGAGAAAUUCAACAUACUCUUUCUUGAUAUUAGGGGAAUAAUUAUGAAAUAAAACUAGCAAUUCAACAUAGCACUCUUGAUUAGAAACUUUUGGUUCCGCAGUAGAAACAGCAAUAGCGAUUUAAAGACGAUAUUUGUAUUAUUAAUUCCACACAAUCUCGACAGUGUAGAUGAAAUCGUAACAUCACUGAUAAUUGCAUGUGUGGAUCUCACUCUUUGUAGUCUUCUUGUAAUCGAUCUAAUAGUAAAAGUUUGAAAAUACUCGAAAAACUUACACAGGAAGACUUAAAUUAUAACACAACACAUGAUCAGAGAGGCGGAGUACUUUUUUGUAAAGUUUUAUUUUAUAACUCUGUUGUAAGUGUCGUAGUUAAAGAUCCAUAAAGGGGAACCUUUUUAGCACUUUUUAAGGAUAUUCGUUUCCUUGCAUCUUAAAUGGACUAAUAUGCAUCGAUAGAUGCGAUAUUGGAUAAGCGUGUAAUGUUGUGACACAGAUCUGACCACUCGUAAUAUUAUGAUGCUUGUUAACUAAGGUUCAUUGAUCUUCUCUUAUCUAAAAUCAUACAAAAUAGGAGAAGAUCACAGAUCCUUGCACAUGAAAGAUUUAUGUAUAAAUAGAUUAAUGUACAGAGUAUACGCGCGGUGAUGAUUAAACAAACAGACGAAAACAAUAAUUAAAAAUAAUAUUGUAUCAAUAUUCUAUUAUUGUAUUUAACGUACAACGUAAUUAAAAUAAAUAUUUUUAAUUUGACUUUCUUAUUGUUUUACAUAAAUUUUAAUUUGUUAUCAAUCGCGGACUUCAUAAAAAAUUCCAAUAUAUGAUAAAACGUAUCGAAAUUUUAUUUAAAAGUACGAAUGUAAUUCUUUUUUUUCUUACAAGUCGAUAUAUACAUUUCAUAUACUUGUAUACUCUGUAUGCGCAGAGGAUGACUGUUAGCUGAACGAAAGUACGGCAGAUUUCUAAUCGCAGCAUUUAAGAAAGAGGAAGAGAUAAAGUUUCUUUAUCGCUUCUUAUAUGGAAGGAGAAAAAAAAUACUCGCGAAAACUAUCAAUUAUAUUAACGCGCGGUCGGUGAAUUAACACGAACACGAAUUAACCUUUCUACUCCACACAUAUUGCUACAAAUAACUGCUUAAAAAUUAGCGCAAAUUGUUUUAAAACGUAAGCACGAACUAUCCGUAAUACACACACGACGAUAUUUUGUAAUGCUAAUGACGCAAUAAAUAUCUUUCUUAAGCAUAUGUAACUAUAUGUGUAUGCGGAGUGCGAGCGGCGUUGGAUAUCGUUACAAAUUGUUAUACGUGUUAUGCAUUGAUUCAUACGAGAUGUCACAUAUAUCAUAAUAAAAAAAGAAAUCCACACA